GCUCCCUGGGGUGUGUCUAUGGUAGCGCCUCUCCUCUCUCUCGUUGCCGUGCGUGUGUGGUGCGCGCCGCUGUUGCUGCCGCCGCCGCCUCCUCCCUCUGCCUCCUAUCUGCAUCUGCUGCAGAGCUUUAGCCAACACGCAUCUGUGCUCUCUGUCUUGUUUUCCCCGCUACCUUUCUGCUUUUGCCCACCACAAUUGUCGCUUUCUUCCUCUUUUUUUCCUCUUCUCUUCUCUUGCUGAUAAGGGAGUCAGAGCACACCUACAGCCGUGGAGUCUACGGGGAAAGAUGGGGCACUCACUAUUCGUCACUUUGGAGUAUUGAGGACGGCGAUGAACCGGAGGAGAGCGCCGGAUGGGAUAGGAGCCGUGAAACCCACAUCAUUCACCGCGGAUUGAGCAAGCCUCCCCUACCCUCCCUCCUCUCUCCCCUCACUCUCUGUCUCUCUCUAGUCUGCAGCCUCCAAGAACAGCCGCCGCAUCAUUUUUUCAGAGCAGCAGCACCCCCUCCUCCUCCUCCCUCUCUCUCUCUUCCCCAUCCUCUUUUCUACCCGUCUCCCUUUCUGCUGCUUGCACCACUGUGGGAAUGCAGCGAAGGUAAACGAAUCGUAAGGGGCUCCUGUUUUUUCUUCUUCUUCUUCUUUCUCUUCUCUCUCCUCCACCAAACACCGGAUCUAUUAUCACAGGGACGGACUGCAGUCAGACUGCUCUGGAGACACGCCGCUGUCAUUCCGGGAAAUCAGCGCGGGGUGGUCAGCGUAUGGAUUAGACCAGGAUCAAUUGGAUUUAGCCCGCUUCUCAGGGCACCACCAACAGCAACACCGCCCCAGUCUCAUUGGCAGAUCACAUCAGAUCCCCUUCUGCCCUGCCUCGUUUCAGUUUCGGUGGCUUUCACCGGCUUGGAUUAUCGACAGCUGGGGCGACUGAAAGGGUGGCCGUUCCUAAGGGCUGUGAGAGGCAAAGUUGGAGCAGCCUACAAAGACAUUGCAAGUGGGAAAGGGAACCCAUUAGUAGGCUGCACAUAAGCUACAGGCUCUAAUGUAAAGUAAACUCCGAUGAGACCCAAGAGUAGAGUGAUUUGAAGAACAAUCUGUGGCUUGUCUUUUGCCGACCUUAUUCGGCCGAUAAUCAUCCAGCUGAGUGGAGAAGGGUGCUGCCUUUAGCCUAGGUUGUUGGUCUGCGCACGAACACACACGCGUAUGGAUUUACAGCUCCAAUCUGAAGCUCGCCACGCAACGGAUCGAUAUCUUUCGGUUUUUUGCGUCGGCUUUUUAACAAGGGAGUGAAGCAUCCUGGGAUUUAUCAUCGCUUCGUUAGCGCUGAACUACAGUGAGGCGCCCUCCCCCGACCCCCCUCCCUCUUCCCCGCCUCUCUCUCUCUCUCUCACCUGUCCAUAACCUGUGUGCUUGUGUGUAUAUUCUUGUGCAUUUCUGUGUCUGUGUGAGUUUAUGUGCGUUUGGUUUGUUGUCCGCCAGAGGGAGUGUAGGUUAUAUUGCUCGUGUAUGCGUUUGAGUGCCGUGCCAGCUUUUAAUUAGUAAGCCUACACCUAGUACGUGACUGAGUAACUUCGGCUAUCUCGUGUCUGCUCUGCUUGUGGGUGCUUGUGCAUUAGUACGUGUUGUAUGUUGCUGCAUGAAGGCAUAUAGACCGGGUAUUGUGUGGGUACUAUUUACUUAAAAUGCACAGCAUUUCUUCUGCACCACUUGUCCUUCCUCUUACAUGCCAUUGUGUAAUUUGGCCACCUGUUUGACCUCCCCAGUACCUUAAAAGAGACAAAAAAAAACCUCCAGCAGGAUGAGCGAUCGUUCUGGUGCAAGCACUCUAGCAGCCAUGACGCUGGAGGAACCAGGGGCAGAACAGGCAUCUCCUCGAGCCCCGGGCCCUCUCCGCUGUGGCCCCUGUGCCGUGUGGCCUCGCCAGCAGACCUGGCUCUGUGCCGUGCCCCUAGUCAUGGGCUUUGUGGGACUGGGACUCAGUCUCAUGCUGCUAAAAUGGAUUGUGGUGGGAUCCGUCCAAGACUAUGUCCCCACUGAUCUAGUGGAUCCUAAAGGUAGUAUUGGACAGGAUCCUAUAUUUCUCUCUAAACCCAGUGCCAUGCCCAAGGGGCCUGACAUUUCCACUGCCACCAGUACUUUAGCAGCCUCUACGACAGCAAUGGUGUCAACUACCACGCCACUAGCUGCAGACGGUACCGCCCCAGCGCCAAGAACUAGAUCAGGGCCUCCAGCUAAUCACUCGGCCAAUGGCAGCACUGCCAAUGGAGAUGGCAACAGUGCCCCACACCUUCAUAACCGUGCUGGCACCCGCGUUAGCGGGACUGUUACCACUUCUGCUACUCGUGCCACCCGACUCACUCCACCAUCCAGCGGUAGGGAGGUCACCCCUCGAAGUAAUGUGAGAAAGGGAAACAGCAAUGGACGUAAUGGAGCUGUCAACUCCAAGCCAGGGCAGACUUCUCCUACCGUCACCACUACCACAUCUGUUACAACUACAGCUACACUGAAGGCCACUGCUAAGGUACAGCCGACCACCUCUCAACCGCCAGCCCCUGUCAAGCCCACGUCACGCUGGAAUCAUGGACGCCCAGGCAAGGGCCCGGCCACACGCCCACACCACCGCUUCCGGACGCCACUGGCCCCAACACAUCCCAGCCUUCGUUCAGAGGUCUUCAAGCCAUGUGUGGAAGACAAGGACCUAGCCUUUUGUCUGAACGAGGGAGAGUGUUCGAUCAUUGAAACGGUGGCUGGGGUUCACAGACACUGCAGGUGUAAAGAGGGCUACCAUGGACUACGCUGUGACCAGUUUGUUCCCAAGACAGAUGCUAUCUUGUCAGACCCAACGGAUGAACUUGGGAUCGAGUUCAUGGAGAGUGGUGACACCUACCAGAGGCAGGUGCUGUCCAUCUUCAGCAUUGCCUCGGGGAUCUGUCUUCUUGGAGUGGCAUGUAUGGCUCUCUACCGCCACAACAAGAGACACAGGGAGAAACUCCAGGCUCAUUUCUCCGACAGCCGCAGCCUGAGAGACUGUACCGUCAAUGCCUCCGGCCUCAUGUCCAAAUCUACCCCCAGACUUCAAUACAGCCUUCAGCUCCAAAAGAGUUGCACUUCUCACGGAUCGUCUGUUAAGGGCGGCAAAGUGGCACCAGGGGCAUCAACAGUAGCUCCACCUAUUCUCAGCAAAGCACUGUCUAAAGGGAAACGCUUCAGGAGUAGUUCGCUCUCCCUCAGCCCAGCCCUACAACGGAGAGAGACUAAUUACUUCAGGACUCCACCCAUUUCCAGAGGGAAACACAAAAUAUCCACAAAUCUUAUUGACGGAUCCAGAGUGGCGGGGCAUGUCUACAAACACUUGCAGGAGGAUGAGUCAUCGGACAUGGAGUCCAUAAGAAGGUGUGAUUCUGCCGGCGGAAGGGUCGGCGCCCUCCUGAGCAGGACCUCACUCUCUCACUUCACAGCCAGAAAAGGAUGGACUGAGGUCCCCUGCACCCGCCUCGAUAAAGGAACAACCUUCCUGCCACCCUCCCUCCGCACCCGAUCUGUGCCCAUCAUCCCUUCGCUCCAAGCGUGUGACCUUGAGGCCGGCCACCCGUUCACGAGUGACCGGAACCAAGCGGGGCUCUUUAAGUGGCACCCCGUGCUGGCUGGAAAGACGGGCCUCCCCGUUAGCAAUCCUCCCUCUCCCCCUGAAAGCGUCGUGCUGGCGACCAGUGUCAUGCCCACCAGCGUUAGCCCCCCGCCGCCGCCGCUUCUCUCCUGGGGUUGGAGAAGAAUCUCGGCUCUCCGCAAACACCCUGCUCCUUUGAAAUUACAGUGGAACUCGCGCAGGAGUUAAAACAGAAAAGCCUUUGCAGCCCCAUGAAAAGGUCUGGGUCUCACAGUGAGAUCCACCACGGUGGCACAAACACUCUUGAGACGAAGACGGCGCGGGAGUCAGAGGGGAAAAGUGUCCAGUAUUCUCCCAGAGUUCUGCACACAGGCAGCGGGACCAGAGGAUGGAAGGCAGCAGGCCAAAGAGAAGCCCGGGGACAGAGCCAAGGUCAGACAUCUCUUGUGUACGGAGGGGCAAACUUGGCCACCAAAGGACCCAUCUGCAGAGGAAUUGGAAACACUUAUGCCAAGCCCUCUGCGAGCUGAUUGGAUUAACUCUGUAAAGAGAAGACACCGUUUCCAAUAAAUGUAUACCUUUGCUGGUGGCUCAGUAUGGUUAGCAGGUGGGACCAUCUGUGUGGCCACAUGGACCAAUAACAGAUGGCCAUCAGUUUUCGAAAGAACACGAACAGAUUGAAUUCCCGAGGGGGAAAAAAAAAAUAUUGACACAAAAGACAUCAAAUUACAAAAGGAAAAGAGACAAACAAACACACAUUGUGAAUAAAUGUGACUCAAAAGGAAAACAAAACCAUGACUUGAGUGGGAGCUUGACUUAAACAGUGUAUUGAAAAAAAUGCCACUAUUACAAGGAGCUUCUACUUAGAAACCAAAAUAGUGUGUUAUCUCUAUGUUGUUUCUCUAUUGUAAAGAAAUGAAAUUAUAUAUGUCAUAUAAUAUAUGUCAUAUAGACAUAUAUAUAUUUGACAUACAAUUGUGACAAAAUAAAGACUAAGAUAACAGUGUUAAUUAUGGGCUUUAUUCAU